CGUGCGGUGCAGUCCCAGAGUGGUGGUUGGGGGUUUACGGCCUUUUUCCUGUUAUGCCUGGGUUGGCUGCGUUGCCGUGCCCGAGUCGUGUCAUGUUUGGGUCGUGUGCGGGUCGUGUUUCUCGAACUGUUCGCGUCUGGACGACUCGCCGCGCAGGCUGGCCGGCUCUUAUCAGUCGGCGUCCCCCUCUGUUCUCAGUAAUUGGCCAGCGGCUCUUGGCCUACCUUAGGGCUCAGGCGGCGCCUGUAUAAUUUGGUCCGUGUUCCCGUACAGUCGACAGCGCCAGGCGCCAAGUGGAGAUCCAUAUCGAGCUGCUGGUAAACUUCAAUGCCCUCCUGGAAUUCUGAGGUGCCUUUUAGUGCCUUGCUGCAGAAUGAUGGACGGUCGGAGCCAGUACACGCGCUCGUCGGGGUGCCCAGUCAGCGCGUCGUGCUAACUCCCUUCCUCUGAAUCCGACUGCACCGGUCGCUUUCAAACAGCGUCUGGGCAUGUUCGCGACAACGGCGUUCAAGCGAGGCGCGGUGGUCCGCGUCACGCUGCAAAAUUUCUUAACGUACGACGACGUGACUGUGCUCCCUGGCGCGCGACUCAACCUCAUCGUCGGCCCCAACGGCUCCGGCAAGUCCAGCAUCGUGGCGGCGCUCGUCCUGGGGCUGGGCGGCACCCCUGAGAUGCUGGGCCAGGCCGGCAAGGUGGACCGAUAUAUCAAGGCCGGCGCCGAUACGGCGCUCAUCGAGCUGGAGCUGUUCGACGAGGACGGAAACCAGGUCAUCUCGCGUCGCAUCCACAGGGGUGGGAGGGAAUCGACCUGGAAACACGGCGAUGAUGUGGUCUCGCACGAAGACGUUCUGGGCGUAGCCGCAAAACUCAAUAUCGCGGUGGGUAACCUUUGUCAGGUCCUGCCGCAGAUGAAGGUGCAGGAUUUUGCGAAGUUGGACGCCAGGGGCUUGCUGGAGGGCACUGAAAAGGCGGUUGGCUACAAGGGCAUGUAUAAGGAUCAUCAGCGCCUGAAAGAUGGGGAUCAGGAAGCGAGGAAAAUAACUGAGGAUAUAAAGGAGUAUGUUGUGAGAAUCAAGGAGUACACCGAGAAUCUCGAAAGACUUCAAGUUGUUGUGGAUAACCAGAAAGCGAGAGAGAAACUCGUUGAAGAAGUCCAACGGUUAACAGCGCGUAAAAUGUGGUUUAAGUACGAAGCGGCUUCCCAACAGUUUCAGGAGCGCGCGAGAGAAGCUCGUGAGGCAAAAGCAGUCCUCCAAGAACAUGAACGUGACCUGAUGUGUCUGGAGAAUACCUUAAGCAGUGCAAAAAGGAAAGAAACUGCCUUGAAGAAAAAGUCUGAAACCAGCAGCAACAACUUGCGGGAGGAGAAUGAGCGGCUGACGAGGCUCCGCGCCCAAGUGAGACAGGCGGGGGAGACCAUAUUACGCCUGAAGCAAGAGCACAACUCGAAGGCUGUCAAGGAGAAGGAGCGCCAGGAGCGCGCCCUUGAACUGAAACAGAAGCUUGAGUACGCACGGAAGCAGCUGGACGAGUGCGAGGAAGCGGACCCGGCGCUGGACGACGAGAUUCGCAACUGUGACGGCGAGAUUCGCGGGCUGUCGGGUCGAGAGACCAGUGAGCAGGCCACGCUGGACGCCCGCUCCAAGGAUCAUGAGCAGCUGCAGGGCCGUGUCAACGGCCUACAGUCGGAGCUAAAACGCGUUCGCAGCGACGGUGGCCAGCGGCUGCAGAUUCUGCGCGGUCGCGACAGGGACUUGUACAAAGCGGUGCUUUGGCUGCGGGAGAACGCCACACGCUUCAAAGGCACGGUGCACGAGCCUAUGAUCUUGUUGCUGGACGUGUUCGACAAACGGUUCGCCAAGUACGUGGAGACUUCGAUCCCCUGGGGGGAUCUGUUCGCCUUCACAUGCGAGAACCGUGAGGAUAUGAAGGAAUUUCUACAGCAGACGCGUAAUCGCCAGGGACUGCGCAUAAGCUGCGUGCUCUCCGACCCGGCUGUGCCGCGAGAUGAGCCGGUCGGCCUGGCUGCCAGAGAUCGCGAGCUCGGCUUCACUCACACCGUCGGCGAUCUGUUUUCAGCGCCGGACGCCGUGCGCCGGUAUCUGCAACGGGUGAGCAACAUCCCUGUGGCCAGCGUUGACAAGGAGGCCGAGGAGAGGAUCGUGGUGGCGACAAGCGGGAAGAGCUGGCUGACUCGGUUCCUGGUCGGUGAUACGAGCUGCACGUCAGGUCGCUCGCGCUACAGCAGUGAACCGUGGGUUACUUCGUCGAAUAUCUCAGCGCCUAGUCAGUUUCUCAUGUGUCCCACGGAUCAGUCCCGCGAGCUCGAGCUGGAAAGAGAGAUCGCCGAGGCGAAGGUGCGGCGCGACGAGUUGAAGGAGAAGGUGGACGCCGUGCGCCAGGAAGUUGACAGGCUGGCCACGAGCCUCGAGACCCAGCGCCGCCGCCGGAAGGCGCUGACUGCGCGGCGCGACCAGCGCUGCAAUUUGGAGGGUCUGCACCGCGCCGCGGAGAGGUCGCUGCAGAAAUGUCAGCAGCAGAAGUUCGACGUGGCCAAACACGCCGCCGAGACGGACGCGAGCGUGCGCGCGGAGCUGGAGAAACUAGCCGGGCACCAUGACCGCCUGCUCGCCGCUUGCCAGAAGCGCCAGGGCCAGGAGCUGAGGCUGAAUGUGACGCGCGUGCAGCACGAUCUUGCGCAGCGGCGCCGGACGGAGGCGACUAACGCGCUUGCCGAAGCGAAGAACGGGCUGGCCGACGAGCGGCGCACUGUGGAGGAGAAGGAGGGGCUGGCGCAGGAGGAGAGGCUGAAGGCGAAGCAGCUGAGAUGCUCUGCACUGAAGCUGAUGGGCCUGCAGGACGAUGACGCGCUCGAGGCGCGGCUGGUCAGGCUGUUCCGCCCCCUUCCUGACUCGCUGCAGGCCGUGGAGGCUGAGAUACACGAGAAGAACGCACGGGCUGGCCUCAUCGCAUAUGACCAAGAUGCUGUGGAGCGCCAUGAGUCUCUGAUGAGCGACCGAGGGCGGCUCCAGGAAGCUGUAACCGAACUGGAGCAGAGCCGCGAAGCCAUAGGCAAGGGCUUGGCCAGUGUACGCCAGCGCUGGGAAACCCAGCUCGAGGAGAUUGUUACCAAAGUCAACAUCCACUUCAGCAAGUCUUUCCAAAAAAUGGGCUGCGUCGGCGAGGUGGGGCUGCUCCGGCCUGACGACGGCCGCGCAGCCGGCUUCGGCAUUUCGAUCCUCGUCAAGUUUCGCGCAGCCGAGCAGCUGCUUCAGCUGUCAAGCAUGCACCACAGCGGCGGCGAGCGCAGCGUAGCCACCAUGCUCUUCUUCAUCGCCCUGCAGAAGCUGGGAGACGCCAACGUGCCCUUUCACUGCGUGGACGAGAUCAACCAGGGCAUGGACGCGCUUAACGAGCGCCGCACGCUGGAGCUGGUGGUGGAGACGGCAUGUCAUGAAGACGGCGCGCAGUACUUCCUGGUCACGCCAAAGCUGCUACCGCGCGUCAGCUACCCGAGCAGUGGCAUCACCGUCCUCUGCGUGUUCAACAGCCCUACCAUGUUGCCGCACACCCAGUGGGAUGUUGAGGCGUUCUGCCGCAGGAUUGAGCAGAAGCGGUAUGUUGGCGGGACCUAGCCAGCCUGGGCUGGCUGGACCAGAGGGCUGGCCUGCCUCGGCCUGAUCUUUGCGUUUGAUCCAAUAUGUCAGCGUGAUCUUGUGGGGAUAUGCUGCGGUGUGGUGGUGUGAUUUUGUGCUCGCAAUUUUAAUGGAAAUGAAAAAGAAAAUCUAAAAGUGAUAGAAAAGGAACUGAAAAUGACAGAUUUACUGGGAUGGAUGCAUCCAUCGUUUUGGAAUAAUUACAUCUUUACAUGAUUUUGCCCUCGUAGGCGAUGACGCAUGUCCAGAGUACAUAUCCAAUGUAACGUAGUUGUAUUCCCAAAAUGAACAUCAGUGCAGACGCUAGCAUCUGGACUUGUGCUGGAGAAUACCAAGCAGGAGACUGGGAAAAUGAAGGCACUCUGGACCAGAACCACCAUGAUUUGUUACAUGUGCCUUUUCUUACUAGAAGUAUUGAGGUGCCAUUCGUCCUCGCGCAUAAUGCACUGUGAUUGUCCUCUUCGUGACUUAGUGUGUUAUUAAUAAAUCACGUCAAGGCAA